AUGAGAACCCGUUAGAUCCCUCGCCUGUUUAGCUCUUUCGUUUUCAGUCUUCUCCUUUCUCUCCGAAAAAAAAAAAGCUUCUCUUUUGCUGGUGAUGAUUCUUUAUUUUUCUGCGUGCAAUGGUUUUGUUUUCUAGGUGACCUUUUCCUCCGGCAAUGGAAACCCCAUCAUCCAUGAGAAGGGUCACAUGGUCUCAGGCCUCCGCUGCCUCUCCAGAGAAGAACAAGAAAGAUGAUGCCUUUGCAAGCUCAAGAAACGGUGAGAGUGCGGCACUGCUCGACAUCACGAACGAUUCUCCCAUCGUAGGCCUUGCGACGGGGAGCCUGAUCGAGAAGACUCCUUCGUCUUGGGCGGUGAAGAGCAGGGUUGGAGCCAAACGGACUCCUGGGUCGGGCGAGGCGUUGCUCCGGGGCCAGGUGAAGGCACUUCUGCAGAAGGUAGAGGAAGAAACUGAGCUUGUCAAUAACCAUCCUUCGGGGCAUCCAACAGCAUCGUUCGGGGCUCUGUCGGGCCUUGUGGAUUCAUCGGCGCAGCAGCUUUCGUGCCCCUACUCCAGGCUUGUUGAAGGAAGAUGGUGUUCCGGAUGAUGCCAAGAUGCCUUAUGCUAUUAGAGAUGCCACAAUUCCUCAGCAGGAGGAAUCUCUCGAUUUGCAAGAGUGUCUGAUUAGCCGAGCAUUGCUAUUUGAUGACUCCCCUGGGAAGUCAGAAAUAUCCGAUGCUUCGACGAUGUCGUCGUCUCUAACUUGCCGAGGGAGUGAAAGCAGCAGUAACCCAGAGAAAUCACCCGAGGAUGAUGACAUCUCUUCUAUCCGGUCCCUUCAGGUCGGUGCAAGUAUUGAAGAGGACGACGGCGAAGAUAUCGUGGAAGACGAAGAGGAAACCUACGACGAGGAAGCCGAAGAAGAUGUUGUUGAUGAAGAAGACGGUGAGGUUUUCAACAAUUUGUGUGAAGGUCUGAGCAAGAUGUCGGUGCAGGAGGUGGUGAGAUUGCCUGAGUUCACUGGCAAGCACACACGGUUCAUCUACAACAGCGACGACGAGAUCGAAGGUCAAGAAGCGGAAGUCGGCGCAGGAGAAGGCUGUUUCGCCGAAUGUUUUGGUACUGAGGGGGCUUCCUGCACCUGAGGGAAGCACAUGCGCUUCCCGGAGGAAGAAGAAGACUGAUAUCUUGGACUUGUUGUUUUGGUUGUCUUUCCCUGACACCAUUUUGACCGUCUUUUGUUUUGGUGUUUGUUAGUUCAUAUUCCAAUUUCAUUCUAUUUUAGUUUUCAUUCCUUCAUCAAGCAUUGGUGGUUCCAAUUCUAUUCUAAUAAAGCAGCAUUUUGGAGGUUUAUAUUUUA